CCGAGUGGGGGGUUUGUUUUGUUUUGUUUUUAAGAACGGGAACAAGUACCGCCCAUUUCUAAAUUAUUGUAUUUUUUAAAAAAUACACAAGUACAUUCAAGUUUUUAUGUGAACUCGCGGUCUCCGCAGUGCAGCCACUUUGUGUGGCAUACUACGGAAGCUGAGAGGUGCCGUUUAGUGAAGUGACGGGAAGCGAAAGAGCCACCGUUCGUUUUUUUAUUUUUGUUUUAUUUAUUUUUAGCGAUAACACAAUUUAAAUGAAGAAAAUGGACACUUCACAGAGCUUUGCCGUGUACUAUGCGGGCGGGAGUAACGUCAUCUUGCGGGCUUUGACGUUACUGUCUCCAGUUUUCGUGUGUAAACACUGAUAUUAGCAUUAGCUUGUGCCAUUGGCUUUCCUCCAUUUUCAGAAUAUUGAAGUAUUCCUGAAGCAGAGCGAUGGAAAGUGGUCACAGUGAGAGCAGUGUCUACUACCAGGCAGUACCUGCUUUUGGAGCUGAUGGAAAGAACGUCUUGAAAUUAAUUCCUGUAAAGAUGGUCAAUGGACAAUUUUUUCAGGCGCAAAUAAGCAAACCUAGAAUGGAAUCUACAACACAGAGUUUUAUGAGAGUUUCCUCCACACCUCACCAGAUGAAGACGGCAGUAACUCCCUCUGCCACAGAGCAAACUGUCACCAAGAAGUUGACCGUUAUGAAGGGUUUUCCUAGUCAAGUAGGAUUAGUUCCUAGUAAUUUAGUGAGCAAUCCUCCACCACAGCAACAGACAGUCUAUGUUACAGCACCAUUUGCAACAAACAGUCCAGGUAGACCACGUCAGCUGCCAGUGACAGUGAAAUCUCCCGUCCUCCCCAGAGGACAGCUCAUUCAGAUUCCCCCAAAUGCACAAGUACGAACAGUACCAGCGUCAGAACUUCCUGUGGGUGUCAAAAAACAGAUUUUUAAAUCAUCAGUCAAAGGUUCAGAUGAACCCACUGUGAUCUAUGUGUCACCGGUCACCACCGUGAUUCAAGCUGCUGCUCCAGCACAAGACUCAGCACUUCAUACACUCAAGCCACCUCUGAAAUUGAUUCCCAAAGCCUCAAACAGGCCCAACGGCCCAACAAGGUGGGUGAUUGAAGAAGAGGGCUGCACAAAGGCUCAGAGUCACAAUCCUCCCAGUGCUCCUCUUAUUCCACACAUUCUAAACGCUGUGAAAAAGACAGAAAAAGCUGGCCAGCAGCACUGUGAGGUCAACAACGGAGCAGCUUCUGAGUCGAGUUUGGGCAAAAGUAGCUGUGACGCGUUGGUCAUGUGCAACGGGAAGAUGUUUUUUGUGGCUGAAAAACGCAGCCUGCCAGACGAAAUGGGGGAAAGCAAGUUGAACAAAACCGUUGACUCGACCGUCCAACAAACUGUGGAGCAAGCUACAUCUCAAACCUGCCAGAACAUGAGCGUCAUCACUCCACAUGAAGUGAUUGAUCUGUGUGACGAUGAUGGUCAGGAGGACUCAAUACCAAUCUCCCAUCAGGAGGACGACAACGUAAUAUUUGUGUCGUAUAUUCCACCCAAGUCUGAGGCAAGGUCAGUGCAAGCUUCACGUCGAUCGGACAAGAUGAACACAAGCCACUCGGACAGCGUUAGUGGGGGCGCAGGAGAAGUGAGCACUGAAGUGAGCAAGGUGACCGAGAACAAGGAGUCAAACGUGAUGACUCAGCACAGCACCUCCACCUUACAGCUGGGGGAAAUGAGAGACGAGGUAGAAGCAGGAACUCCAGCAGAUCUCAGCAACUGUGACGGCAGCAGUGCAACGCACACACAGGACGAGAGCUCUUUAAGCCCUGACGAGCGUGAGAUGGCCGACCAUCAGCUGAGGAAGAUGUUUGAGAUUAGAUCUGAUGUGAAGAUUCACCUCCAGAGGAUCGACGAAGCUCCAGCUGAACUGGUCCUCACAGAGUCCGUAAGCUCAGAGUCGGAUCACCAGAGCCAGGAGAGCGACACCUGCAGAUCAGGGAAAGGAGUAACUCAAGAGGAUCAGUCAGCAGAUAUCACUCCUCUACAACAUUCCCCUUUUAAACUGAAUUCACACUCUCUCCCUGCUGUGGAGAAUUGCCCUUCAGGUGCAGUCACAGAAACUUUGUGUGGUGUUGGAAAUGCACCUGUGAUCAACUACGUGGAACCUAUCGAUGAGGAUUUCCUCAUCAGUUCAAACGAGGACACAGCAGACCAGGGACAGGCGCAGAAUACAAAUACAAGGAGAAUAGUAAGGACACGAAAACGCACCAUGUGUCCAUGCUGCAUCCCUGGUUCUCUGGAGCCAGCAAUGAAAUACAAGGUAGACGAUCUGGGGAAGUGGACAUGCGGGACGCAGCAGACGGGUAAAAAAGGGACACAAAAAAAGACGGCCAGAAAAGGUGGGACGACACCUGGAAACGGCUUCAUAACAAGCCGGAGCAAACAGGUUACAGUCCGAGACGGUUUGUCCACAGCAUCGAUGCACUCAGAACUGAAAAGUCAUAAACACAUGAAAAGAGUCAAAUAGAUUAAAAAGAAGAACAGAAUAAGGUGAAACAAGUACAUUAUAUGGUUGUUUUCUUUAGUCUUUCACUACAUUUAGCAUCUGAAAUGUUGCGUCACUACCUCUUCCUUUUCCCUUUGUCACAGUUUACACUCUAUUAAUGCUCACUAAUAAAUAUUCUAACAAAUUAAAAGGUCCUAUUUUUCAA